AUGCGAUGCAGAAUGCGAGAACGCUACACAGCUCCACUGAAAAUCGAAGCUUCGAAAUUGUCAGCCCUCAAGUCCAAUACCUCAAAAAUAUCAGCCGGAAAGCUGACAGCUGCAAAAACUGCUAAGAUCCUCAACGAACUACCCAGAGCGACACGAUGCCUAGCAACCCAGCUACGUACAGGUCACUUCCCUACGACUAAGUCAUACCGCUACCGAUUCAAACUAAUCGACUCACCUAAAUGCAGGACGUGUGACACAGAUGAUAACAUCUCGCACAGAAUAUUUAUAUGUAGAAGACACAUAAUGGCAAGAAUCACCUUGCGAAGAAAGAUAACCAAGAUAAACAUUCGGUUCGAAUUAGGUCCAAUGCUAAGGAACGCACAAGCUCUUCAAGCCCUUUAUGAGUUUUUCAAACCGCAAUUGACUACGUACCCAAGAUACUCCGGUGGUUCGGCGUAA